GUUGGCCCCUGGUGUGAUGGCGAGGAAACCCCGUUAGGCAGCGCUCUUCAUGACGGCAGAAGGUUGCUCCCGAUUGCUCACGAGUGACGUAAUGUGGUUCUUGUGCAGUCUCCAGCGAAUUCUAUGCUGGAAUAAAGGACGGAGAGACGAUUAAAUCACAAGGUGUUUAGUCAAGGGAUUUUAUGAUGUCUUCUCGUGCAGUUGACAUGGAUGAUGAAGAUGGCCGGUGUUUGCUAGAUGUAAUUUGUGACCCCCAGGCCUUGAAUGACUUCUUGCAUGGUUCGGACCAACUUGAUGGUGAUGAUCUCCUUGAUACAACAGCAGACCCCACCAGCGCUUUCUUCAAUGACGCAUCUCUUAAUGUACAGGACACUGCAAUCAGUCAUCUGAACAGCGGACAGACUCAGCCGUCCAGCGGUGCAGUUGACCUUGAUUUCCUGGAGGAUGACAUCCUUGGGUCGUCUCCAGGUCCCGGUUCAAACCUGCAGAACUCUGACCAGCCUUGUGACAUCCUGCAGCAGAGCUUACAAGAGGCCAACAUUACGGAGCAGUCCCUGGAGGAGGAGGCCGACCUGGACAUCUCCUCCUUCCACUUCCCUUCCCUGCAGCCAGUGUCUCAGGCAGCUGACACCUCUCAACUCUUCUCCACCAGCUCCGAUCUGAUCAGCCUCCAGCAGCAGCCGACCGUUCUUACCCAACAGACCUUGAUCCAGCAGCAGACAGUUGGCGGCCAGGUGGUCAACAAAGCCAUCAAUGUCCAGCCGUUCCUGCAGCAAGUUGGGCUGGGCAAUGUGACUCUUCAGCCAGUCUCCAAUAUCCAGGGGCUGCCAAAUGGCCAGAUCCAGGUGGUGGGACAGUUAUCAAAUCAGUCGGUCAUGACCAUCAAUCAGCCGGCUCAUCAGAUCAUCCCCAAAGCCGGCCAAGCCGUCCCGGUGGGCAACUACAUCACCUCACCUGCCUCCGACCAGCAGCAAGUGGCCUUGAACUCUGCUGGGGUCUCACCGCCCAAUGCUGGGCUGGUUAUCCAGAAGAACCCGCCUUCUGCUGCACUGAAUGGAAACUCGCUGUUUGGCAGCAGUUCGGUGGCUCAGGCCACCCAGCCCCUGACAGUCAGACCGGCCAUGAGCAAUGCAAUGCUGCAGGGUCCGCUGUCCGCUCAGAACGUCAUCAUUCAGAGGACCCCCACUCCCAUCCAGCCGAAGCCCGCAGCGGGAGUCAUUCAGCCUAAGCUCUUUCAGAUCAGCUCAAAGACGUUCCCUUCUGCCAACGCCGCGCUGACCAUCCAGAGCGAGAAUGCCCUACAGCAGCAGCAGCAGCAGCAGCAGCAGAAGGCGGCGGCUCAGCAGAACGUGACGUUCAUGACGGGGAAGUCAGGGCAGAAUGUGGUGUUCUCCACACCGGGAGCUGGCUUUCCCCAGACCCUCUCCUCUACCGUCUUCAAGUCGCACCAGGCUCAGCAGGCGCUCGGCAAGUCGCUCAACCUACAGCUUGUCAACCAAAGUGGCAUCGUCCUCCAACCCCAACACGUCCAGCAGGCUGUGCUGCACGGUCAGAACCAAUUCCUACUGCAGAGCCAGCUGUCGGGGCUUCGGGCGUUCCUUCAACAGCAGCUCUCAGCCUUGCAGGCCAGCGGUCAAUUACUGACAGCCCAGUCAGCCGGCGGUCAGGCCCCAGCCACCCACAUUAUCGCUAGCCAGGGACCAGGAGGCCAGCUGAUCGCCAACCAAGCGUUAAGUUCUCAGAUCCUGACCAACCAGAGCCUCGCGGGGCAGCUGAACUUCAGCCAAGUGCUUGCGGCACAAAAUGCCCACAUCUUGGCAGCUCCGAUCCAGCUGCAGCCUGGGGGCGUCUUUCAGAUGCCAGUCUCGUUGGGAAACAGCCUAAACUCUCAGACUCAAGCAUCUGCCUUGACCAGUGGCACCAUCAACCAACAGAGCCAGACUCUCAUUCAAGGGCUGACCAUGCUCAAUAGCAACGAGAGCCUGGGGCAGACAGUCAGCAUUCAGCAAUCCGCCAAUGUCCAAGCCUCGAGCGUAAUCCAGCAACAGCAAUCUGGCCCUGGCUUGAUGACCAUUGGCGGAGGGCAGCCCUCAUUACUGACCGUCCAGACGGCCUCUCAGUCUCAAGGGCAGCCCCAGCAGCAGCAACAGCAACAUCCCAUUCAGCAGCAACUAGCAACCGUGUCUCAGCCCAGCUCCAUGGCUCCCACUCCUGGGAAAAUCAUCAUCAGCCAGCAGGGGGCAGGAGGGAGUAUGAAUCCAGACGCAGCCCAGAUAUUCUUCCAACAGCAGGAGCAGAAGCAACAGCAGUUGUACCAUGCAGCGCUGAAACUCCAGCAGGAAAAGGGCCUGAAUCAGCCGUCCCCUCACAGCCUAGCUCCGACGGUGACCACUAGCAGCGUCCCAGCUUCGGUUAUCGUCAGCAGUGGCGUGGCUCUGGCACACACGCCAACCAGUGCAGGAAAUGUGGAUUCCAAAGGACAAACAGUGUUACCUCAGCUGUCAGGCGGUCAUUACCAGCAGAUAUUGGCCGGUCAGAUGGCUGCUGGUCAGAAGACGACCAUACAGCAGAUCCCAGUAACAUCUCAGUCACCUCUACCUCAGACACCACAGAGUGAAAGCCAACUGCAGGCCUCUCACCUUCACCAGAUGCAGUCUCCGCACCAGAUGCAGUCUCCGCACCAGAUGCAGUCUCCGCACCAGAUGCAGUCUCCGCACCAGAUGCAGUCUCCGCAUCAGAUGCAGUCUCCGCACCAGUCCCGUCCUCCCUCUCAGCCUCAGCCUCUGUCCCGCCCCCCGUCCCGACCACAGUCGCGGCCCCCCUCUCAGCCCCAGGUGCUGUCCCGGCCACCUUCGGAGCCCUUAUCGCGCUCUUGCACUCCGUCCCAGGUUCCUCUGCAGCCCCUGUACGUGAUCCAGACACAAAUCCAGCCGCCCUCUCACGGCUCUGCUCAAGCUCAGCACCCCAUCAGGCCCCCAUCGCAGCCACAAGUUCAAGUCCAAUUCCAGAGCCCCUCCCAGACGCAGCUUCAAGCGGAGGUGCAGCCCCAGUCCCAGUUAACCUCAGCCAACCAGGUACAUCUUCAGGUUCAGCCCUCGCCUCAGCCUGAGCAACAGGUUCACCAUUUACACCCGUCAGCAUCUUCGUCCCAGGCCCAAGGAGAGCACCAUUCUGUCCAGUCCCAAGCUCAGCACAUCCAGCUCCAGUUCCAUUGCCAGCCUCAACACCAGCUCCCUGUUCAGAACACUCUGCAACCAGUCUAUCAGACCUUACACUUGACUACCGAGCAGCAGCAGAGGUUUCAGAUGGUCACUAACCAACUGCAGGCCAUGGCCACCAUUCAAAACCCGACUCAGCAACAAAAGAGCAAAGUGGAGAGUCUUCAGCAGAUGCAACACAAUAUAAUUCUUCAGGCAAAGCAGUCUCCAGCUAACCAGACUGUGUGUAGUCUGAGCCAGUUGACCAGCCAGGGACCCACCAUGCUGAUCAGCAGUCAUGUGCAGUCUUCCAGCGUUCAGCAACAGGUCCAGAGCAGCUCAGCGACUGCUAAGCCCCAGACCCAGGGUGCUGGGCAACCAGCACUGGCCACUCUACUGCAGCAAACCUCGGUCCUCGUCAAGACAUCCGGAGCAGGCACCAGCAUGAGGUCGCCGGACAGUAAGGUUUUCUCGGGCGGUGCUGCCACAGUGACCUCUCAACUACAGCAGGGCAAAGGUGUCCCUCUGCAGAUGAAACCCACCACUUCACAGAUUCAGUCGGGUUUACAGCAGACAAAGCCGGGAGUGAUCAGCUCGAUGCCAGGCCUCAGCCUUUCCAGAGGGAUACAACUCCAACUUGUCGGCAAAGGGUUAACACAAAUUAUGCCAGCAACAUCUGUACAGGUAAAUCAGCAGAAUGACAGCAAACUUGGAGGCCUGAAAGCCGCUUCAACGUUGCAGCCAACCAAAGAGGCUGUAUUGUUGGACCGCCUGCUGAAGGAUCAGAACGCAGUGUUACAACCCGGUUACAAACCGCCUUUCCAGUCACACGCAGACGUGAUGCACAGGCUCGUGCCAUAUCACCUUUACCAGGGAACACUGCCUUCUAGGGAGGAAUACAAGAAAGUGGAUGAUGAGUUUGAGACGGUAUCGACGCAGUUAUUAAAACGCACCCAGGCCAUGCUGAACAAGUACAGAAUGCUGCUAAUCGAGGAGGCCAGGAGGUUGAGCCCGUCGGCUGAGAUGGUGAUGAUUGACAGGAUGUUUAUACAAGAAGAAAAAAUAGCACUCACCACUGACAAACAGCUGGCAAAAGAGAAACCUGAUGAAUAUAUGGCAUCUUCCUAUAGAUAUCACGGUCUGGCUACCUCUUCUUCACUCCCUUCCAGUCACACUUCAUCCGCCUCAGUAGAAACUCCUCGAAUCCCCUGUACUCAAAUUGCGACACCAAUCAACCCAACCAAAUUGGUGAUUAAGCACACUGGGGGCUCCCCUUCGGUCUCGUGGGCAAAAGCCACUCCCUCCUUGGACGGGGAUGAUGAGACCCUCCAUACCCGGAGUAGACCACCUCCCAUGAAAACCUAUGAGGCGCGCAGUAGGAUUGGGUUGAAGCUAAAGAUCAAGCAAGAAGCGGGGCUCAGUAAAGUGGUGCACAACACAGCCCUCGACCCAGUUCAUCAUCCGGUUGUUACAACGAGGUCUGUAAUCAAAAGCACAGAGAGCCCGGCGGUCACCAGUGUGGGUCAGGUCAACGGGUCCCUCGAUCACACACCCUCAUCUAGGGGGGCCAAUUACUGCAAGCUUCCACCACGCAAGACAUACAGAGACAAAAUGCAGUCGCUCUCAGUUGACCGAACUUCUAGUAGCCCAUCACUGACUGGGUGUGUUAAGGUGGAGGACAGAAGGAGGCAAACGGCAUCCAAAUCGGAAGAAAGUUCUAAAAGUGUCAUAGCCACGUGCAAGUCAACAGGAAUUCCAAAGGCUAGGAUGGGGAAAGGCAAAUCGGAGGACACCCUCAAGGUCUCAAGGUUCAGUAAGAAGGCAAGAACUCAUACAAACCUACUGCCCCCCAAAUCUGAGCAGCCGUCUGCUGGAAAAGGAGACGAUGGAGCCACAAGCCUCAUGAAGGAACUGUCCGAUGUGGAAGAUGAGUUAAUGCACGGUAUAAUCAAAGCAGAGCCGCCCGACGACGGGGCUUGGGAGCUCCAGCUCCCCCCCACCAAGCGGAGCAAGUCGGAGUCAUUCGACAUGGACAAUGCAAGUUUCUCCAGUGACAGCCCCCAAGACGACCGACUGAAUGAGCACUUGCAGAGCGCCAUUGACAGUAUCCUGAACUUGAGGCAACCGCAGUCCACGCCGGUGGCUCAAAACCCGGUGUCGUCUCCGUACAGUUCUUCAGAAAUGAACUCUUCGCCCUUUUCCCCCACUCCCCAUUCAGACAGCUAUCUUGCACCCAAUCACAAUGGUGGCCUUGGAGCUAGAACUUACACUAGAUGACUCAGUUGGCUCAAGUAGUAUCUUUGCCCAGAAUUAGUGCAGUGUUGUGCUAGAGAUCCACAUCACGGCUCAUUAAAGAGACGGUAUCCCUUUUACGUGAACCAACCUUGAUGGUAUUUGUGAAAACUAGUUCCCAAUAUCAGAUCCAAAUAAUAUCGCACUCAAUGUAUUCUUGGGGUUUUUAAAAUUAGUUUAAGAAAAAGUAGAUCACAACCCUAUCAGUGUAACCAUCAGUUGAGGCUUUUGUUUUUAUUGUUGGGGGUGGA